AUGGCAUUCAUUCAUGCAGCCAAUGUAUCGAUCCAUGAACCGUCAGAUUACAAUCCUUUCCGCAGACAGCUGACUGCCAGUCAACGACAAAAGUUGUAUUUAGCCUUCAAGCAUACCCUUCCUUAUCUUUCUUGCGCGGAAUACAAAUCAUGUGCCGCCGUCGAUACCAGCUUUCACCAAAUGAUCAUGCAGCAAUUGCUGGAGAAACCUUCAUUCCACGAUGGUCAUGUCCAUGACGCUCUGCAUCUGCUGGUAAAAUGGGUGGAUUUAUUACCGCAUUUUCGUCCGGAAACCGCAGCACUUAUCAAACACUUGGACGUCAGCCACAUUGAAGAUUCACUGUACGAACGAGUACCCUCGUAUUUCUUUGAAUAUCUUCUUCGCUACACACCCAACUUGCAAGUACUACAGUUGUCGCGGACCUCAUUUCUCCAAUGCCGGAACUCACUGCCUCCUCGCUAUGAACUGCGGCAUCUGCAUACGUUAGAUUUAUCUUACUGCGACAAUAUCAGCAGCGCGACAUUGUGUGCUCUCUCCGCCAGAUUACCUUGUCUUCAGCACGUGAAGCUCGAUGGGAUUGCCAGUAACAUUGAUGAAGGCGUGGCAGCUCUGGCUCACCGGGGCGAACUACAGUCCAUCUCCAUGCGCAAUUGUUCCAGUAUAUCCGACGUUGCUAUGUAUUCUCUGGCGAAAUUUCGUACCAUCAAACUCAAAGAGAUCGAUGUGAGCGGGUGUCGCAAAAUAACCGAGAAUGGAUUCCUUAUUUUAGCAAAGUACAAUAUUCAUCUUCAAUUACUGGGCUUG